CGCUUAACGCAAGACAAACGCUUCCGGUGGACGCAUGUGCUUGAAAGAUGGAUCAGGAAUUAUAUGACGAGUUUGGUAACUACGUCGGUCCAGAACUGGAUAGUGACGAUGAUGAUAAUGAAGACAGUGAUGAGGAAAGAGAUGAACCCUAUGGUGAAUAUGGGGCUGAUGAGGAUGAAGAUAUGGAUGCUGAUGAUGCAGAUGACGUACCAGAAAUGCAGGUUGUGCUUCAUGAAGACAAAAAGUAUUACCCUACGGCUGAAGAAGUAUACGGUCCAGAAGUGGAGACAAUAGUUCAAGAAGAGGACACGCAACCACUUACAGAACCAAUCAUAGCUCCAGUCAAGAAGAAAAAAUUUUCGAUGGUGGAACAAGAUUUACCAGAGACUGUUUAUAACAUGGAAUUUUUAGCCGACCUAAUGGACACACCAGAUCUCAUUAGGAAUGUCACACUUUGUGGACAUUUACACCAUGGUAAAACAUCCUUCGUUGACUGUUUGGUGUCUCAGACUCAUCCCGAAAUUGAUGGCAAAGACGACAAAGAUAUCCGUUACACAGACACAUUGUUCACUGAACAAGAGAGAGGUGUUAGUAUAAAGGCUUCUCCGGUCACACUUGUACUACCAGACUCCAAGAAUAAGUCAUUCCUAGUCAAUGUUUUUGACACACCAGGCCAUGUAAACUUCUCUGACGAGGUGACAGCAGCCUUCAGGAUCAGUGAUGGAGUUGUGGUGUUUGUGGAUGCUGCUGAAGGGGUGAUGCUGAACACCGAACGCCUCAUUAAGCAUGCCAUACAAGAGAAGCUACCUGUCACCAUCUGUAUCAAUAAGAUCGACCGUCUCAUCCUGGAGCUCAAGCUGCCACCAACAGAUGCCUACUUCAAGUUACGACACAUUCUGGAGGAGGUGAACUCUCUCAUCAGUGUUUAUGCCGAAGACGAAGAGAAUAAGUCAGUUUCUCCAUUGCUGGGAAAUGUUUGUUUUGCGAGCUCCUACUACCGGUUCUGUUUCACUCUGGGCUCAUUUGCCAAGAUAUAUGGGGACACCUAUGGAGGCAUCAAUGAAAAGGAGUUUGCAAGACGAUUAUGGGGAGACAUGUACUUCAACAGUAAAACGAGAAAGUUUACUAAGAAGUCACCAAAUAAUACAUGUCAGAGGAGUUUUGUGGAGUUUAUUCUGGAGCCAUUGUACAAACUCUUCUCACAGGUUGUUGGAGAUGUUGACGAAUGUUUGCCCAGGUUGUGUGAUGAACUUGGAAUCUCACUGACCAAAGAAGAGAGGAAAAUGAACAUCCGUCCCUUAUUGCGAAUUGUGUGCCGAAGGUUCUUCGGUGAUUUUACUGGUUUUGUUGACAUGUGUGUUGAACAUCUGCCUAGUCCUGCUGAAAACGCCAAGAACAAGAUAGAUCAUGUCUACACAGGAUCUAGUGACUCGGAUCUGGCAGAGGUCAUGUGUACAUGUGACCCUGAUGGCCCACUGAUGGUGCAUACGACCAAGCUAUUCCCUACGCAGGACGCCACAAGUUUCCAUGUAUACGGCCGUGUUGUCAGUGGCACGCUGUACGCUAACCAAGAAGUCAAGAUCCUUGGAGAAAACUAUUCGCUCCAGGAUGAGGAAGACUCUCGAUUUGGUCAAGUUGGCAGGCUGUGGAUCUCAGAGGCCAGGUACAAAGUGGAGGUUAACCGAGUGCCUGCUGGGAACUGGGUGCUGAUCGAAGGUAUAGAUCAACCCAUAGUGAAGACAGCCACCAUUACAGAUGUAUCUGGUAACGACGAGGUACACAUUUUCCGACCUUUGAAGUUUAACACAAACUCUGUGAUGAAGAUCGCCGUGGAACCAGUAAACCCUUCAGAACUGCCCAAAAUGCUGGACGGAUUAAGGAAGGUCAACAAGAGCUACCCUCUCCUGAAUACAAAGGUUGAGGAGUCGGGUGAACACAUUGUGUUGGGAACGGGAGAACUUUACUUGGACUGUGUGAUGCAUGACCUCCGGAAAAUGUACUCGGAGAUUGACAUAAAAGUAGCUGAUCCGGUAGUGUCAUUCUGUGAAACUGUAGUGGAAACAUCUUCACUAAAAUGUUUUGCUGAAACACCAAACAAAAGAAACAAGUUGACAAUGAUUGCUGAACCUCUAGAGAAAGGACUGGCAGAGGAUAUUGAAAAUGAGAUUGUACAGAUCACGUGGCCGAGGAAAAGACUUGGAGAAUUCUUUCAGACUAAAUAUGACUGGGAUUUGCUGGCUGCUCGAUCUAUAUGGGCCUUUGGGCCUGACGCUACUGGCCCAAACAUCCUUGUAGACGACACGCUACCAUCAGAGGUAGAGAAAAGCCUAUUAGGUGCUGUGAAGGACAGCAUCGUACAGGGAUUCCAGUGGGCCACACGGGAGGGACCUCUUUGUGAUGAACCUAUCAGGAAUGUAAAGUUCAAGAUCCUUGAUGCCGUGAUAGCACAAGAACCGAUACACAGGGGAGGUGGCCAGAUUAUUCCAACAGCCAGAAGAGUAGCCUACUCUGCAUUCUUAAUGGCCACGCCACGAAUGAUGGAGCCGUACAAUUUUGUGGAGGUGAUGGCUCCCGCUGACUGUGUGUCUGCUGUAUAUACUGUCCUUGCACGGAGGAGAGGCCAUGUUACCCAGGAUGCACCAGUGCCUGGCUCACCACUAUACACAAUCAAAGCCUUCAUUCCUGCCAUCGAUUCUUUCGGAUUUGAGACUGACCUUCGAACACAUACUCAAGGUCAAGCGUUCUGCCUAUCCGUGUUUCACCAUUGGCAGAUUGUACCUGGAGAUCCCCUAGACAAAAGCAUUACAAUCCGCCCCCUAGAGCCACAGCCAGCCACACAUCUGGCCAGGGAGUUCAUGAUCAAGUCACGUCGCAGGAAGGGUCUGAGUGAAGAUGUCAGCAUCAACAAGUUCUUCGACGACCCUAUGUUGUUGGAGUUGGCGAAACAGGACGUCAUGCUCAACUAUCCAAUGUGAUGACACUCAGGACAUGUAGGACGUGUGCAAACUCAUCAAAUCUUUAUCACCUGAAAGUUGGACCAGAAAAAGGGCACCUCUUAAAGAAUAGCCCCUGGAAACUUCACCAAGGCUUUGUGAACUCAAAGAGACAGUCAAACAUUUUCAAUCAAGGAAAAUUUUGUUCUUAUUUUUGGGCGAGCUGUCUUGGUAGUUACUGUAGUAUCUGGGACUUAAAGGAAGAUUUGUGGACAGAAAGGAGUCAUACCUGGCCAGACUUAUACGUCUGGUACCUAUGGAGGAGAAGGGUUGUCAUGGACCAGUUUAGGUUAUUACCAUUAAGAUGUCUUUAUGUUCUGUGUACUGUGAAGUCUACCAUUGUCUUGAGUACCUAAGAGACGUUUUGCAAUUCAUGGAAUAAAGAUCUAGACAUUUAAAAGAUAAUCCAAUAGUUGCAUCAUGGAUAUGGUCAAUAGAUUAUUAACUGAAUACAUCAAUUAAUAAAAGUUCGAUCAAAAUACCUUUGAAGAAACUGUCCUGCAACUAGGUAUAUCUCAAAACACAGGUUGAACUUUUUGGACAUUUGGAAAGGAAAUUUUGAACAAUAAGUUCCUGUAUAAAUAUAUGAAAGAGUAUAGGUCGUGAAACGGCAGUAAAAGAUGAAGGAUGAGUGAGAGCAGCAUCAUUAUAUCAUUGUUACAUUGUAUCAUUGUUACAUUGUAUCAUUAUUACAUCGUACAUUGUAUCAUUGUUAUAUUGUAACUUUGUAUCAUUGUUACAUCAUGUGUUGUAUCAUUGUUACAUUGUUACAUUGUAUCAUUGUUACAUUGUAUCAUUGUUACAUUGUAUCAUUGUAUCAUUAUUCAUUGUCAUGUAAUUAUAUCAUGUUGUCAUAUAAUAUUUCAGUAUGUAAAUAAAUAGGAUCCAGAGAUAUUG